AUGAAAAAUUCAUUUGAUGAAACAUUAAAAGAUAUUGAAGAUCAAAACCAAAGGAAAUUACAUAAAGUUCUUGAUCUAGAAACAAGGUUUGUUCAAGUUCAGAUGCCUUUUAAUCCAUUUGAACUAAUUUCAUUACUUGAUUCUUUUUGUGAGCUUGAUCAAGACGAAAACAAUCGAAAUAGAAAUCAAUUUAUCGAUAUGUGUUAUAAAAUUAACAAGAAAUUAAACCAAUACCAACAGAAUUCUCAGUUAUUUCAUAUUCUACAAGAUCACAACAACUAUUCAGAUAUUUUAUACAAAUAUUUUCAAUUGUUUAAUGAUGAAGAUUUGUUGAUAGGCAUUUGUACAGCAUAUAGUUAUAUUUCAACAAAUGAUGAUUUAAAUUUACUUCAAGUUUACUUCCAUCCAGACAUUGUUGACUUAUUACUUCAGAGAAUUCUUGAUACCGAUAAUAUUUUUACAGAAUCAGCCAAAAACACAGAAAUGCAAAAUAUAUUCCUUACUAGUUCAAAAAAGGUACAAAUCCAAUCAAGAUUAUUACUCACUCUUUACAACUUAUGCUAUUCCAAGCUUUUUCCUAUUGAAACUAUUUUUGAAAUUAAUAACGAAAUUUUACACUUUUCUAUGCAGUGUAGCAGCUCCAUCCAACAGUUUGUUUAUCAUGUAUUGGUUGGAACAAGUGUUUAUGUUGCUCUUUUUGAUGAAGAAAAUGGUUCUUUACAUAUGGAUUUUUACAAAAACAUGCAAAUCAGUAUUUACAACAUUUUGGAGCUCGAUGACAUCAGAUUUCACUUGGAAAUAUACCAGGUGUAUAUAAUAUUGAUACAAGCUAUGAAAUCCAAGAAAAUUGAUGCAAAUAUGAGUAGUUUUAUAGAAAAAAUGAUAGCAUUGAUUGAAAACCUCCCGGAUCCAUCAAGUGACUACUACAGUCUAAUAAGAUAUGAUUUUAUUCAGUAUUAUAUGGAAUUAUUAACUGAAUUUUACAAAUUAGAAGAUGGAAUGGGAUUUAUCAAUAAUAGUUUGGACUGGGACUUGCUAUGGCAGAAGAUGUAUGGUUAUGAUCAAGAAUGCAACAAAAUGUUCUUUAAUAAAAUUACAGAUCUUGUUCUUAUAGAUACAAGCCAAAUUCAGUACUUCAAUAUCUUUGAAAAGCUUUUAUCUGUGUAUGAUGAUAUGGAUACUGACAGUAAAUGUAAGAUUUUGUCGAUUUUUGCGGUUUCAUUUUUCGAAUUGAACCCUUAUCAGAUAGAUAUGCUUCUUUCAACUGAAUUUUUAUCAUCAGCAGAGAUGUUAGCAACAAAUGAUCCUAUCAGUUCUUUUAAUUAUUUGACUAUUUUCGAUCAACUUUUUGAGAGAGUAAUGGCAAGCGAUGAACUUAAGUUUAAAUACGGAGAACAGUUCUAUGAUCUCUCUACAAUUGAAGAAAUCGAAAAUAUUGCUGCUAUUGACAAAAAUUAUGAGAAAUCAGCUGUUCUAUGUGAAACAAUACUUGAAAAGGCCAAGAUUGAUGAUGACUGA